AUGACAUGUCAAGGUAUACGUGCUGUGCUGGCUAUAUGCCAUGUAGUGGCAAGUGUGGUGAAAGCAAAUGCCCAGAAUUCUGUCUUGCAACUGAGGUGUUUCUGUGCUUUGGUAAUUCAGUUGCUUCAACCCGCUUCUUGCUUCAAGACGAAUUCAACAUACAGACAACCAAGUGUGAUAACUGCAUCAUUGUACUGUCACUGCCCUCCUAUGUUACAGAUUUCUUUCUGUGGUUCCUGUUUACAAUUCUCUACUGAAUACCACCUUUUACUACAGGGUUUCAUGUUCUGCCUUCAACAAGUUGCUUGCAUCUUCUCAAUAGUUGCUGCUAUUGUUGGUAGUGAGGAGCUUUCAGAGGCUUCCCAGAUCCUUUCCUGCCUGUCUGAUAUGGUCUACUGCUCGGUUUGCGCCUGUAUGCAGACACAGCACAAGGUUGAAAUGGACAAGAGGGAUGGGAAGUUCGGGCCACAACCCAUGCAAGUGCCUCCAAUGCAGCAGAUGUCACGCAUCGAUCAGCCUGUCCCUGCACCCGCUGGCUAUGCACCACAACCAGCAUACGGCCAGCCUUAUGGUGCCUACCCACCUCCUCCAGCUCAGGGUUACCCACCGCCGCCAGCUCAAGGCUACCCACCGGCAGGUUACCCGCCAGCAGGUUACCCCCAGGCCCAGGGCAGUUCAUACCCUCCACCUGGUGAUGUUAAGGUACUCGUCGAUAUUGGUCUGGGUGCUGAAUUGGGAACCGCAUUUGGGUCUCCUCUGGGUGGUGAACUGUAUGGAUUUCUUCUGGGUGGUCAUUGGUCAACUAUGAACUGCAUCGCAUUUGUAGUUCCUCUGGGUGUUAAAACUGUGAACUCUUCGCAUUCCGAGUAUGUUGUUCUCUGA